AUGGAACUUGAUGUAGAGGCUCUUCCGUUGAGUACGACUAAUAUUCGUUCUCCUCCUACUGCGUACAGAUCGCCCCUCAAUCACGAUGAUGGGUUGAGAUACCUGAGGACACCUACACCAGAGAGCGACGAACAUUCAAUUGAACGGCAUGUUCAUGGUUCACGAAAUACUACUUCGAACGCGGUGCAAAGUGGAAACACCUUGAGGACCGAUCCGACAGCGAAUUUUUACGACAAUCUUAGGAAAGUCGUAACGAAUAGUGGUGCAGAGCAUUGUAUCUUCAUAUCUGGCUCUGGCGGAAGGUCAUCCCGAAUUGUCCCUGUCCCGGUGAAACAUCGAAAUAAUGACGUUGCUACAUGGAAACAAAUACGAGAGCAUUGGUACGAGAAUACUGGUCUAUGGAAAAGAUAUAUCCCCUUCUAUGGAGUCACCAAAGUCAGCGAAGCCAAAUUUCGAUUUGAAGGGAACUACGCUCGUAAAUACUUUGCCAACGUUCAAAUACCGUGCGAACCUGAAAUCGACAACAUGUUCAAAAAGUUACAGCAUGACAGAGAAAAUAACAACUUGAGGGUUGACGCUCUUGAAGACUGGGAAAACAUAGAUAUAUGUAUUCCCUGCGGAGUGAACCCUACUACUGGAAGCUAUCAACAUGAAAACAGCGAUUGUCCAACGCACUGGCUGGAUAAUGCGGAGUGUCCUUUCCAAAUGUCAGACAAACUGAACGAUCGAUAUCAACGAUUAUGCUCCCUGUCUUUACUUACAUCCUGUUUUCACAACCCGGAUCUUGCAACCGGCCAGCAAACAUUCAAUGGGUUUGUAAUGGAACAUGAUCUCAUCUACUACUACAAGUAA